AUGUCCAUGGCAAGCUACAGCACUACCACUCCUUCCCAAGAAGCGCAGCUGGGGGGGGCUAUCGCACGAUCUAGACUCUCGUCCGAGGCAUGGAUCGAAAAGAGUACGCCAACGUCAGAUGAUCAUGGCUAUUACCGCAAGGCAAGGGGUCUGAACUACAUGCUGCAGGAGGAGAAGAACGACACCACCGGUGUCUAUCAACAGGCCGUAGAAAGUGUUGGUCCUUGCAGGGCACGCGUUCUAUCGGCUGCCACCUUUCUUCCUGUGAGAGGUAUAGUUGAGAGGGCAACCGUGACUGCUCUAGCACCCUCCGAUGUCUAUGCAGAAGAGGACAAGGAAGAGAUGGAAAAGGCCAACAAGAUAAACACCGAUGUGCGCCAUGCCUUGCAGUCUUCAGCGCCCGUUUGGCUUGCCGAAUGUCGCACCCGCCAAAGUGCGGAGCCUCUCAAAGAGACGGAAGCACGCAUAUUCGAGGAACUCUCAAAAAAGGAAGAGUACCAUGGCGUCGCUUUGGAGCAUCUCGAGCCAACCAGUGCCAACUUCUCUGGCUAUUGGCACCCCAUUUCGGAGCUUUUGGACAGAUCCGAGGUCGCACCGGAGGAUAUGACGCAGAAUGAAUGGCACCUUUUCAUGCUGAAGCGAACACCUCUCUCAACGGAACCAGAGACCGCAGGGAACAGGGACGAUACAAAUACAUCACUCUAUGAUGCCGAAGAAGCUCAGGAUGGUGACGAUGGAUUCUGGGUAGGUGAGAGACCAUUGGCAGCCAGAUCUUGGGAAGAUCAGGAGGCAGACCCUCUGCGAGCGCAGCCUAUUGGGUCAUUCUAUCGAGGUACAGAUGCUUCCUUGGAAAUGUCGACUGUACCAUUGACGGGCAAGCCCACUAAGAGACGGCUGAGGGACAUCUUUUACAGAAGAGAGCGGAGUUUAGAUCAGAAUAGCCCGAAUCCUGGGAGCAACAAUAGGAUAUCGCGUAUGUUUGGCUCAAGGGGUCGCUGA